UGUGGGUGCGGAAAACCUCAAACUGCAAGAGGUUUAAAUGAAUGCAAAAUGUGUUGGUGGUCUUUAAAACAUCUUCAGGCACAAGUUUUGCAUCACAGCAAUCUCUGCUAGAAAGGACACCAUGAGGACUAUCUCCUUCAUCUUGCUUUUACUGGUAUUUGUGAUGGUUCAGAGAACCUUAUCACAAGGUGGCAUCUCAACCUGUUGUCUGAAAAUCUCUGGGACAAAAGUUCAUCGAGACUUUCUGAAAAGCUACUACAAAGAAGACAGUUCAUCAUGCACUCAAAAUGCAGUUGUAUUUACAACAUUUUCAGGGAAAAGAAUCUGUGCCAGCCCAACGAAUCUGUGGACAAAGACCAGCAUGGCCUAUCUGGAUGGAAAGAACUGGGCGCGCAAACAAUUAACCUUAAGUCACCGACACCCCUGAUAGGGACAUAACCCCUUACUGAAACACAAGAGCCCAUCAAACCUCCUAAGCUGUAUGAGUUUAACCAAAUUCAAACUUUAGAAUGUACCUCAUUUUGUUAAAUUAAUCAUUUAUUGUAUUUGA